AUGUCUCCCUCCCCAAUCCCCUUUUUACUUCAUCUUACAUCUCUUCCGCCGUCGGAAAUCCCCGCUCAUGAAUCUAUCCCCUAUCCCUUCCCGCCUUCAGAAGAUGGCGGAAAUCCUGACUCCCGCCCUCCACUCCCACUAUUCCUACAAGCUGCGCUCACGCAGGCUCUUGAGUUCCUAACUACCACAGUCCCAGGAAAAUCAUUCACCACGAACCCCAAGCUUCGCGCCUCACCCCCUUCGAGCGCGCAAGUGCAAGUAUCUUCCGGUUCCAUCAAGUAUACACCGUUGACUAGCAAGAGCCUAGUAGCGGCCGAUAAGGAAGAUAAAUGGUUCGCUCGUCGAACUGUUCUUGACAACUGCGCUGCGAAGGGAACUGCAUCGUUCCAAGAAUUUGUCCAGGGCUUGAAAGAUGAUCACUUGCUGAAUGAGAUGGAGUACGAGCCGAACAUCACUGCUUUAGAAGACAUUGCGAAAUGGGACUGUAGUGGAGUGGAGGUUGAGGGUGGCUGGAGUGGAGUGGAAGCUAGCCUCAGCCUCGUAACCCACACUUUCCAGCCGGCAAAUCUCAUCUCCCCGCGCGUUUUCCUCGCCAUGGUAAUAACCGCCUUCACCCCGCCGGAAUCCUCAAUCUCCGCCUCAACAACCCAACCAUCCGGUUUCAUAAACAUUCAACUCCCCAUACACUUCUCUGCUAUUCCGCCCUCCCUCUCUCUGCCCAAAGAUGCCGUUCGAGGAAAAUACGUCUCAGUCGAGCUGGUCCGGAUUCUCCCAGAUACGAAAGACAGUGCCGCGCCGGGUAAGAUCGAGUGGGUAAUGGCUACGUCCUCCAAGGCUAGAGGGUGGAUUCCUGAGUUUUUGCAGCACAGUGCAAUUCCAGAUGCCAUCGUGAGGGACGUGGGGCUGUUUUUGAAGUGGGCUGAUGAGCAAAGAGCUAAGAAGGUGGUGCUAGGGGUUGAAGUUUACAAUGUUGCUUAA